AUGACUGAUGAAACUAUUAGUUCCGUUUCUUUAUAUACAAAUACGGAAGAAAAACGUUCUACAUUAAAACUUGAUACGAUAAGAAAAAUUGAAAGUGACAUACAAAAACAAUGGUCCGAUAAGAAAUGUUUCCAAGUUGAUGCUCCAACUCAAUGGACUGACAAUAAGGACAAAUAUUUUGUUACAUUUCCAUAUCCUUAUGUGAAUGGUCGUCUUCAUCUUGGUCAUACAUUUUCAUUAUCAAAAUGCGAAUUUGCUGUUGGUUAUCAACGUUUGAGAGGAAAACAUUGUCUAUUUCCUUUUGCUUUUCAUGCUACGGGUAUGCCUAUACCAGUAAAAUUUGGUUAUCCACCGAAAUUUCCUGUUGAAGAAGAUGAACAAACUUCUGGAACAAAUGAAGCAAAAAUUGAAAAUAAAGCGAAGGGUAAAAAGUCAAAAGCAGCUGCUAAAACUGGUUCAGAAAAAUAUCAAUGGGAAAUUAUGCGUAGUAUUGGAAUUGAAACUGAUGAAGAAAUUAAAGAAUUUACUAAUGCACAACAUUGGCUUCAAUAUUUUCCACCUCAUGUUAAAAGUGAUUUACAAAAAAUGGGUUUAAAAGUUGAUUGGCGUCGUUCGUUUAUAACCACUGAUAUAAAUCCAUAUUAUGAUUCAUUUAUUCAAUGGCAAAUUCAUCAUUUAAAACAGAAUGGUAAAAUUCAAUUUGGAAAACGAUAUACAAUAUAUUCACCCAAAGAUAAUCAACCAUGUAUGGAUCAUGAUCGAAGUAGUGGUGAAGGUGUUGGACCACAAGAAUAUACAUUAGCCAAAUUAUGUAUUCAAGAUGAUUCGAUUCCUGAAAAACUUCAAAAGCAAAAUACAUCGAACGGUGUUUAUCUUGUGGCGGCUACUCUUCGUCCAGAAACUAUGUAUGGUCAAACAAAUUGUUGGGUACAUCCAGAUAUAUGUUAUAUUGCUAUUGAAACUAAAGAUCAUGGAAUAUUUAUUUGUACACGACAUGCUGCACGUAAUCUAUGUUAUCAAAAUUUUACAAGUGAACAUGGUAAAUUUACAGUACUCGCUGAAUUUCUUGGUUCAGAAUUAUUUGGUUUGCCAAUCAAAGCUCCUUUUGCUAUUAAUGAAAUUAUCUAUGUUCUUCCUAUGUUAACAAUUAAAGAAGAUAAAGGAACAGGUAUUGUUACAAGUGUACCAAGUGAUAGUGCUGAUGAUUACGCAGCAUUAAUUGACCUUAAAAAUAAAAAACAAUUGCGUGAAAAAUAUUCAAUAAGCGACUCAAUGGUAUUACCAUUUGAACCUAUACCUAUUAUUCGCAUAGAAGGAUAUGGAGAUUUAUCAGCACCAUUUAUGUAUAAAAAAUUAAAUAUUCAAUCUCAAAAUGAUCAUGAUAAACUUGCUGCUGCCAGAGAUGAAAUAUAUAAAAAAGGAUUUUAUGAAGGUGUUUUACUUAAAGGAAAAUAUGAACAAAAAAAAGUUUAUGAUGCUAAAAAAUUAAUUCGAGAUGAUCUUGUCGCUGAGAAAUUAGCUUGUGUUUAUUAUGAACCAGAAAAUAAAAUUAAAUCACGUUCCGGUGAUGAAUGUGUUGUUGCUUUAUGUGAUCAAUGGUUUAUAGAUUAUGGAAAUAAAGAAUGGAAAGACGAUGCACGUCGUGUUCUACAACGACUUAAUGUUUUCAGUGAUGAAACACGUCAAAAUUUCGAAGGUGUAUUUGAUUGGCUUCAUGAACAUGCAUGUUCUCGUUCAUAUGGUCUAGGAACAAAACUUCCUUGGGAUAAACAAUAUCUUAUUGAAUCUCUUUCUGAUUCAACUAUUUAUAUGGCUUAUUAUACUGUAGCUCAUCUUCUUCAACAACAAGAUUCAUUUGAUGGACAAAAAAUUGGUCCUGCUAAUAUUGAUCCAUCAGAAAUGACAAUUGAUAUAUGGAAUUAUAUAUUUUUCGUUGAUAGAUCAUAUAGUUCAUUAAAAACAAAUAUCUCAAAAGAAACACUUGAUCGUCUUCGAAAUGAAUUUCAAUAUUGGUAUCCUGUUGAUUUACGAUCAAGUGGAAAAGAUCUUAUACCAAAUCAUUUAACUUAUUCUCUAUAUAAUCAUGUUGCUAUCUGGCCAAAUCAAGAAGAAAAUCGAUGGCCAAAAGCAUUUCGUGCAAAUGGACAUCUUUUUUUGAAUGGUGAAAAGAUGUCGAAAUCAACAGGCAAUUUUAUGACUUUAAUAGAAGCUGUUGAACGAUUUUCUGCUGAUGGUAUGCGUCUUACUCUUGCUGACGCUGGAGAUUCAAUUGAAGAUGCAAAUUUUGAUGAAAAAAAUGCUGAAGCUCAACUUCUUCGUCUCUAUACAUUUAUUCAAUGGGUCAAAGAGAUUGUGAAUAUGUCUUCUUCUCAAACAACGAAUCAGUCAGAUGAAUCAACUGAUGAAAAUAAAUCAAAGAAUUAUUUUGAUCGUGUUCUUCAAAGUGAAAUAAAUCAAUCAAUUAAACUUACUGAAGAAGCUUAUGAUAAUAUGUUAUAUAAAGAAGUAUUGAAACAUGGUUUCUUUCAACUUCAAAAAAGUCGAGAUAAUUAUCGUGAACUUUAUUCAGAAACUGAACAAUUAAAUAUUCCAUUAUUGAAACAUUUUAUUGAAAUUCAAGCACUUAUUUUAUCACCAAUAUGUCCACAUAUUUGUGAUUAUGUUUAUCAAUUAUUAUAUCCAAAUAAAUCAAUUAUGGAAGCUAAAUGGCCAGUAGCUGGUGAAAUUGAUCAAUCAUUAAUUGAUUCUUGUGAAUAUCUUUUAGAUACUGUACAUGAUUUUCGUACUCGAUCAAAAAAAUUUAAAGAUCAUAAUAAGGCAACUAUUUAUGUUACCGCUAAUUAUCCUCAAUGGCAAACAUUUAUUAUUAAUGAAUUAAAAAAUAUUUAUCAAGAAAAUUCAUCAUUUCCAGAAACGAAAACCUUAGCAUCACAUUUUACAAAUCUAAAAGGAACUGAUGCAAAAUAUAGUAAAAAAAUAAUGCCUUUUGUAUCUUAUUGUCAAACAUUAGUAAACGAGGCAAAUAAUAAUAUUCAUAUAUUAGAUCGACAUUUAACAUUUAAUGAAUAUGAAAUUCUCAAUGAUAAUCAACAAUAUAUUCAACGAGAAUUAAAACUUAAUGAAUUACAUAUAAUGAAAACUGAUGAUGCAAUAAAUAUUAAUAAUUCAGAAGAUAUUACACCAGGUAAACCACUUAUUCAAUUUUCUGCUGAAUCAUUAUCAGCAUUAAAAAAUCAAUAA